GCCCCUUCUAUCAACCCCAAUGACGAAGAUCGCGCCAGGGCUCACUUGUUGGAGUAAAGUGCGCCAGCCAGAAGAUGAGAGGCAAACUCAAAAGCAAAGAGAUAUGGGAUGCACGCGCGGAGUUUGCGGGGACUUUGCCCCGAUCACCGUCCUGGAGCUGCCCGCGCUGAGCAGGACAGAUCCGCUGUGCGCUGCCGGCCUCGAAUUCUGCGCUUGCAGCAAUUCGCCUGUGGCUGAGGAAUCCUAUGUUCGCCAGCGUGGGCCCCGAGGAGGGAGUCAUUGGACUCCGGAUGCGGCAGCUAACUGUGCGGUGCAGUCCGUGUAGCGAAGGCUACGUGAAGCAUUCUGCGCGCUGCAAGUGAUGCAGUGCAGACUGUAUGGUAGAAGCUGUGUGGUCAACCACAGUGGUGCAAACAGCGUGGUAGAAUCGAUGUUUGUGUGCGUGAUUCACUUCGGCAGGUCCCCAAGAAGACAGGUAAGAGCGGUGGGCACCCAGAGUUACUGCAGCACCAGGGACAGGGUCUCGAUCGAAUGGCACGCACGGCGCACGGAAGCGCUCCGCGUUCUUCCCGCACCGCACGACCGAGAGCGGGAGCUGCGCGGCGCCGAGCUGCAAAACUCGCUCGAGGAGGCCAGAAGCGCAUACUGUCCGAAGUCGAUGUGGACAUCAGGCGUCACACAGCCGAGGGCCAACGAUCCGAAUGACUUUGUGAAUCAAGGCGAGAUUUCAUUCCACAGCGGAAGCGCGUGUCAGUGACUUGCGCGUCGCUGAUGACAGAGUGAGGGCGGAGCGAUCGGCAGGGAAGCCAACCAUGCCGCAAAAGCAGGGCCAGAGCGGCACUGCAUGCCGCCAGGGCGACCAAACCACGGCGGCAAGCCUCCGCGGCAGCUACAUCAAACGGAAGAGGGGCAUGACAUCCCCAUCAAUCAGAAGAGUCGGAUCCCUUCCCCGGGCAGUCCACCGCCCCAACCCCAUCCGUUAGAGAAGCGGCAGCAGUGGCGGCGUCGCCCUGCCUCGGCACGGCAGGCACAGGCUCUAGGAGUUCACCAGAAGUGGGGUGCUUCCCGCGCUCGGCAUUCAACAGCUUCUAAACCUACGCCGCACGGUCUGCACGUGCCUUAGCAGCACCUUUACAUAACUUCUUCAGGCCACGACAAUGCCCAGUGGGCAGUAUCAGGAAACACGUACAAGACAGGGUCAGUCGCAUCGGGCCGUGCUGGAAAGAAGAAAAAAGGCUAAAGCCUGAAUAGAUACACUAAACAGAACUGUCAGACUGAUCCUGGCGCCUCCUCGCCAAGAAAGUGGGAUUGUCCCGUCGCAGCUCUUGAUGGGUAUCUCGCUUCUGCAAAGCAAAAAAGAAGCUCCGAGGCCAUAUCCUGCAGGUGGGCCUCCUCCUCAGAAUCAGUGUCCUGCGGGGGCCCCGAAGGGGCAGGGAGGUGCCUGUAGGGGCCUCGGGUCAGGCGGGAUAAGUCCGAGCUGGAGAUCGGCCAGUCGACGCCUACGGAAGGUCUUUCGGGGUGGCGCCCCUUGGAGACCUCCGACCACACCCUCCUUCCAAAGAGCGAUGGGCGAGACGGGCAGUUGACCAGCAAGCCUCUAAAUCUCCCGUGAGAAGAAUAGGAUUUGCAAGAAAUGCACAGAAUAAAAAUAGCCCCGUCAGAACAUUCCAAACCUGGGCAGGAGUGCCCUAAACUGCUGAUCCGUUGUAGAGGCAGCUC